UCGUUACAGCCAGCAUCGCGUCAGCCACAGAGCCGAUACACCCUCACAUUCACCCAGAAGGUGAUAAGCACUAGCUAUUCUUAGCUGAAUCCUUACCAAGACGGUCGUUUGCUUUUAACGGCAUCUAGGCUCAUCCCAGGCACAGCUGCUUGUUGUCUUGGGCUGAGUCUUUCAAAUUCGGAUGAUCUCCUUCUCUCACUGGUCUUGUUGCAAAGAGUUUGAAGUAGCCAGUGCAAAUCCCGGGUCACUGUAUACCAUUGACUAUUAAAUCCUUCGAGUCUGCGAGAAGAGUCUCUAAUCCUUCCACGAUCUUGAUUGACAGCAACCGAGAAACAAGUCCCCCCUCAGGCCAGCUGACCGCCGUCGCCAUGCCGAAACGCACCCUCUUCACCAACAUUACCCCUCUCCCUCCUCAGGUCUCGCGAGAGGUCGCGAUCGCCAUGCUUCACAACCACGAUGAAAUGAUCGAGCUGAACCCGCUUGUCAUCGAACACCACCCGAUCAAAACUCCCAGAGAUGCCCCCGCCGACGAAUUCUUGGACUGCGCCUGGCAAGAGCUGACGGACAAGAUCCAUUACCUGCCGGGUGGGAUCGUCAAGGGCAAAGUCAGCUACAAGGCUUGCUUUCAUGACACUCCAUAUGGGCUUCAGACACACAUCUAUGCUCCCAUGGGCCUGGACAUCCGAGAAAAAUGGUCCAUAGGAGGGUCCCUGCCUGGUGAGCCUCCAGAGCCACGAGAACUUGGGAUUGAUGUCCCUCGAACGGGCCUUUACCUCCGCGAAGAUGGCGACAUGAGGUGUAACAUGCUCUUGACGUCGUUUGUUCGCAAGAACCUCGACAAUUCACACAAAGUCUUGGUGGAGCGAAUUCUCAAAAAGGCCGAGCGUGUCGAGGAACGAGUCCAGACCUUGGGAGUUCCUUCGACUCCUGCUCCUGAGACCCCUCGAUUCCAAUCCGGCUCUCACAUGUCGAACUCGCAAAUCCUCAAUGCGCCUUCCAUCUACCAAAGACCUCUCUCCCCUCAAAUGCUGUCGCCGCAGCAAGACCUGGGCUGGCAGACAAUGGCGCUUCACCCAGCUUUCCGACCCGACGACAAGCGAUUGAGCACCUACAGUCUGCCUCCGUAUCAAGCCAAUGCCCAACAGCAACAACGAAUGAGUUAUUACGCGCCGCUGAAGCAACCCGAUCCUCCCAAACAGUUCCUUGCUGAGUUACCUGGUUCGACGUACCACACCGGUCAUCUUGCGCCCCAUGCCCACAAUACUCCUCCAUUGGACCACCGAAUGAGCAUGAUGUCUGAAUUGUCCGGCUCUGAAGGAACACUCAUGGGCUCACCGAAUCUGCAAGCUCAGUCCGACCAGGGCAGCCUUGUGGCAGAGAAUUUCAAUGUCCGGAGGCUAAGCGGAAAGGACUAUUCGCAGGACAGUGCCCCGUCAGUUGCGUCGGGCAUGUCAAGCCAUCGUAGUCACUCUGACCGGACAAGCAUGAUCUCCGAACUACCUUCGUCACAACCAACCGAGAACAGAUACUAUCAGGCCCCGAGGUCGUGAGCCCAGGGAUAGGGGCGGGAUUUAACGACGGUAACGAUCUUGUUUUGUUCUGAGACGUCAAGACGUACUUGUAUAAUGUAUAGAGACCUAAAAUGUUUUGCUAUUGAGCUGGGAGUUGUGGAACGUCACUUUGGAGAUCUUGGACAUUUCAGAUCCAUCCUGGGGAAGCGAGUGUUCCACGGUGGAUUCGAGCAUCAUGAAAAGUGCCAUUACCGAAUUCUUAUGCUAUUAUAUUAUCUCUUCCCUUUCCACAAUGCACGUACCAUCAGGAGGAUGG